CCACGGUGGUGUGAGCUCAGGGGCUGCCCGCGCCCACAGUCCCUGCCAGCUCUGUCUGGGACCUGGGAUCGCUCUGCGAGCAACUCGGAGUCAGGUCAUCACUGAGGAGAGAGCUGGGCCCACAGACCAGCAAGGUCCGCAGCCGGUGCCGCUGCGCCCGCCAGCCUGCCGGCACGCACAGCCAGACCCAGGGCGGCCUCUCCUGGCAGCUCUGCUCCUCCCAAAGGAUGCUUUGGGAGUGAGGCAGGCUGGCCACUUCUCGCCCUGCAGCCGCCUCUCUGUCUUCUGAGUCUCUGGGAGCCUGGGAUAGUCCCGGCUGCCCUUCUGCCUAGCUGUCGCCUGUAUUGGGCCCAGCGUAGUCUUUCUGAUAACAAGGGCAGUAGGGAGGACUUCCUGGAAGGGGUGGCAGCCCACAACCUGGGACAAUGUCCACACCAGACUCCAUCAACAACAAAGCCAUCAUGCAGCUUCCAUUGGUGAUGCCAGCUCUGGUCCUCCAAGGUCCAUUACUGUUGCUGCCACUGCUAUCGUUGCCGGGACCACAGAUCUCCCAAGGCCUGGACAUCAUUCCCACGGGCCCAGAGCUGGUUCUCAAUCUCUCUAGCACCUUUGUUCUGACCUGCUUGGGUUCAGUUCCAGUAGUGUGGGAACGGAUGUCCCAGGUACCCCAACAGGAAAUGGUCAUGACCCAGGAUGGCACCUUUACCAGCAUGCUAACACUGACCAACGUCACUGGGGGAGACACAGGAGAAUACUUUUGCACCUACAACAGCUCCCUCGAGCUGGAGCCCAGUGAGCGGAAGCGGCUGUACAUCUUUGUGCCAGAUCCCACCAUGGGCUUCCUCCCGAUAGACCCCGAGGAUAUAUUCAUCUUUGUCACGGAAAUAACUGAGACCACCAUCCCAUGCCGAGUCACAGACCCUCAGCUGGUGGUGACACUGCAUGAGAAGAAGGAGGACGUCCCUCUGCCUGUCCCCUAUGAUCACCAGCGAGGCUUCAUUGGUACCUUUGAGGACAAGACCUACAUCUGCAAAACCACCAUUGGGGACAGGGAAGUGGAUUCUGAAGCCUACUAUGUCUACAGUCUCCAGGUGUCAUCUAUCAAUGUGUCUGUGAAUGCGGUGCAGACUGUGGUCCGCCAGGGAGAGAACAUCACCAUCAUGUGCAUUGUGACAGGGAAUGAGGUGGUCAACUUUGAGUGGAUGUACCCCCGAAAGGAGAGUGGGCGGCAGGUAGAGGCAGUGACAGACUUCCUCCCCGACAUGCCCAACCACAUUCGCUCCAUCCUGCACAUCCACGACGCUGAGCUGGGUGACUCAGGGACCUACGUGUGCAAUGUGUCAGAGAGUGUGAAUGAACACCGAGAUGAGAAGGCCAUCAAUGUCACUGUGGUCGAGAGAGGCUAUGUGCGGCUGCUACAAGGACUGGGCGCUGUGGAAGUUGCUGAGCUGCACCAGAGCCGGACGCUGCAAGUGAUCAUCGAGGCCUACCCAUCGCCCACCGUCCUGUGGUUCAAGGACAACCGUACCCUGGGGGACACCAGCAUCGGCGAGAUAGCCCUGGCCACACGCAAUGUGUCUGAGACCCGGUAUGUGUCAGAGCUGACGCUCGUGCGGGUGAAGGUGGCAGAGGCUGGCAGUUACACCAUGCGGGCCUUCCACGAGGAUGAUGAAGACCAGCUCUCUUUCAAGCUGCAAGUCAAUGUCCCGGUCCGUGUGCUGGAGCUGAGUGAAAGCCACCCUGCCAAUGGGGAGCAGACAGUCCGCUGUCGUGGCAGAGGCAUGCCCCAGCCACAUGUCACCUGGUUUACCUGCAGAGACCUCAGAAGGUGUCCGCACGAGCUGCCGCCCACUGCGCUGGGGAACAGUUCCGAAGAGGAGAGCCAGCUGGAAACCAACGUGACGUACUGGGCAGAGGAGCAGGAGUAUGAGGUGGUGAGCACGCUGCGCCUGCGCCACGUGGAUCAGCAGCUGUCGGUGCGCUGCAUGGUGCACAACCUGCUGGGCCAGGACGUGCAGGAGGUCACCGUGGUGCCGCAUUCCCUGCCCUUCAAGGUGGUAGUGAUCUCAGCCAUCCUGGCCCUGGUGGUUCUCACCAUCAUCUCCCUCAUCAUCCUCAUCAUCCUUUGGCAGAAGAAACCACGCUAUGAAAUCCGAUGGAAGGUGAUCGAGUCUGUGAGCUCCGAUGGCCACGAGUACAUCUAUGUGGACCCCAUGCAGCUGCCCUACGACUCCACAUGGGAGCUGCCACGGGACCAACUCGUGCUCGGACGCACUCUUGGCUCUGGGGCCUUUGGACAGGUGGUGGAAGCCACAGCUCACGGCCUGGGACAUUCACAGGCCACCAUGAAGGUGGCCGUCAAGAUGCUGAAAUCCACAGCCCGCAGCAGCGAGAAGCAAGCCCUCAUGUCGGAGCUGAAGAUCAUGAGUCACCUCGGGCCCCACUUGAACGUGGUCAACCUGUUGGGGGCCUGCACCAAAGGAGGACCCAUCUACAUCAUCACUGAGUACUGCCGCUAUGGUGACCUGGUGGACUACCUGCACCGAAACAAGCACACCUUCCUGCAACACCAUUCGGACAAGCGCCACCCUCCCAGCAUCGAGCUCUACAGCAACACCUUACCUGUGGGGCUCCCCCUGCCCAGCCCCAUGUCCCUGAGUGGGGAGAGUGAUGGUGGCUACAUGGACAUGAGCAAGGAUGAGUCAGUGGACUACGUGCCCAUGCUGGACAUGAAAGGAGACGUCAAGUACGCAGACAUCGAGUCCUCCAACUACAUGGCCCCGUAUGACAACUACGUCCCCUCUGCCCCUGAGAGGACCUACCGGGCAACUCUGAUCAAUGAGUCCCCAGUGCUUAGCUACACUGACCUCGUAGGCUUCAGCUACCAGGUGGCAAAUGGCAUGGAGUUCCUGGCCUCCAAGAAUUGUGUCCACCGAGACCUGGCGGCCAGGAACGUGCUCAUCUGUGAAGGCAAGCUAGUCAAGAUCUGUGACUUUGGCCUGGCUCGAGACAUCAUGCGAGACUCAAAUUACAUCUCCAAAGGCAGUACCUUCCUGCCUCUGAAGUGGAUGGCCCCGGAGAGCAUCUUCAACAGCCUGUACACCACCCUGAGUGAUGUGUGGUCCUUCGGGAUCCUCCUGUGGGAGAUCUUCACGUUGGGUGGCACGCCUUACCCAGAGCUGCCCAUGAAUGAGCAGUUCUACAAUGCUAUCAAGCGGGGCUACCGCAUGGCGCAGCCGGCUCAUGCCUCUGAUGAGAUCUAUGAGAUCAUGCAGAAGUGCUGGGAAGAGAAGUUUGAGAUUCGGCCUCCCUUCUCGCAACUGGUGCUGCUUCUGGAGAGACUGCUGGGUGAGGGGUACAAAAAGAAGUACCAGCAGGUUGACGAGGAGUUUCUGAGGAGCGACCACCCAGCCAUCCUUCGGUGCCAAGCCCGCUUGCCUGGGUUCCACAGCCUCCGGUCUCCCCUGGAUACCAGCUCUGUCCUUUAUACUGCCGUACAGCCCAACGAGGGUGACAAUGACUACAUCAUCCCUCUGCCUGACCCUAAGCCCGAGGUUGCCGAGGAGGGCCCACUGGAGUGUUCCCCCAGUCCUGCCAGCUCUACCCUGAAUGAAGCCAACACUUCCUCCACCAUCUCCUGUGACAGCCCCCUGGACCCCCAAGAGGAACCAGACCCAGAGCCGCAGGUGGAGCCACAGUCAGAGAUGGAGCAGCCUCCAAAUUCAGGCUGUCCUGGACCCCAGAUCGAAGCAGAGGACAGCUUCCUGUAGGGACUGGUCCCCUCCUCUCCCUGCCUGAGGCUGCCCCUGCCACCCAGCAUCCAGCCUGUCCUGGUCCAGCUUGGGCAUUUGCACCAUGCUGAUGCUGCCAGCUGUCCCCUUGUGGAACACUUUUGUCCCAACCUGCUGUGCAGUAAGCCCUGGGGCUGGCUUACGAGGCAAGAGGACUGUAUGGCCCAUGUCCAGGCUCUGCUUCUGGGGAGGUCUUGUGACUGUGAGCCAGUGUGCUCCCACAGGACUCAGUUUCCCUAAAUGUAAGAUGAGAAGUUGGACUUGGUCAUCUGCAGUCCACCUGCAAUGUCCCUGAGCGACAGUGGGGCUCUUGGAGUCCCUGGGAAGGUUUGUGGGUGAAUGAGGUGGCAUGGUAAUCACUUUCUGUUCAGUGAGCCGCCCCUCAGGAAACUGCAGCUCUGAUCUGCCUAAGAACUGGGGAGGGCGUCCUGCAUCUUGGCUCCUGGCUGAGCUGGGCCUACUUUGGCCAGGGCUGCGCUACUCAGCAGCCACUUCUCUCGAUGCUUCUCUCUAUUUUCCCAGGCCCGAGCUGGCUUGGGGCCAACGUGCUUGAUUAAUGCUCUUCAUGAGUGUCAGGGGCUAAGCCAAAUAUGACCUGGAGCCCCUGCCCAGAACACGUGGGUGAGCCUGGCCAUAAGAGGUCCCCAUGGCUUCCAGCCCCAGUGGUCCUGUGGCUUUCUUUGUCCCCCUGUCUUAAUCUGCCCACGAGUCUGCGCUGGUGAUGAGUGUGUUGACAGGCCAGUAUGGCCUGUGCUCCAGUAGCUGGUUCUGACUGCAUUGGACCUUCUAUGACACCUUGGAGGAAUCCCUCACCCUCUCUGGUCCUAGUCUUCUUUCCUCUUGUAUAAUUUGCAAGUUGGACUCAUUAACUCUAGAUGCCGCACCAACACUAAUGAUCUAGAAUAUUCCAGGGUGUUACACUUGACCAGAUGAAAACAAAGCCAAGCACCCCACAGCCAGCUGAGCUCUGGGGAGAUUCCAGAUCACACAUCACACUCCAGGGACUCAGAAGCUUUGCCCCUUCCUCAGGCCCCCAGAGCAAUUGCCCGGACUUAGACCAGGCUUGGCAGCCAGCGUCCUGGAAAGCCCCCAGCAGCUGUCCCAGGAACAAGGGCCUCAUGAAACCCCUUUCAAUACCCACAGUGAACUCUGAAGCUGUGUUGGACAAGGUGGGGCCAAGAUGGCACAUUGGCUCACCUCAUGAUGCUCACCACUGCCGGGGCAUGUGCCACAGAAGUGACGGAUAGCAAGGAGCUAUGUCUUGUGGCAGACAAGAGGCCUAGACUGGCUACAUCAGUAAAGGAAUGUGAGAAGUAGCUACUUGGUGUUCCCUUCUCAACUGCCAGCUCCCUAUCCCUGAGGUAGUACCCUACUGGGGUAUAGUUUUGCCCAGGUAUGCCAGUGACACCUUGUUGUCCUCAAAUGAGUAGACACAGGAGGUGCCAGGUGAAUAAGGAAUGGGCCAGGACAGGCCAUGAGAGGAGGGCUGGGAAGGGCUAGAGAAGCUCUGCUUCUGGGCACCAGUGCCAUCCUGGCUGGCGUCUCCCAGCCCUGGGUCCCCACCAAUUGGCCUGAGAGCAGUGAGUGGGUUUUCACUACGGUACCAAAGAUAUAAUCACCUAGGUUUACAAGUAUUUUUAGGACUCACGUUAACUCACAUUUAUACAUCAGAAGUGCUAUUUUGUAUGCUGUUAAGUUUUCCUAUCUGUGUACUUUUUUAAGGAAAAGAUUUUAAUAUUAAAACUGGUGUUUUUCACUCCA